GAACGGGAAGUGACGUCUACAGGAAGUGCUCGUGUUUACUAUCUGUCGCCUGGUGGAGACGCAAAAGAGAAGAUGGUGUGUGACAAUUGUGAGAAGAAGCUGGGCACAGUCAUCACGCCAGACACAUGGAAAUCCGGUGCAAGAAACACUACAGAAAGUGGAGGUCGGAAACUGAAUGAAAACAAGGCACUGACUGCAAAGAGAGCGAGGUUUGAUCCAUAUGGAAAACAUCGCUUUGCCAUAUGUCGUAUCUGCAAGAGUUCUGUCCACCAGCCUGGGUCUCACUACUGCCAGGGAUGUGCCUAUAAGAAGGGAAUCUGCGCAAUGUGUGGGAAGAAAGUGUUGGAGACGAAGAAUUACAAGCAAACUUCUGUUUAAUCAAAACCCACAUGAACUACAUAAUAUUUAACAUGCUUGAACUGGUAAAUGUUUCACCCAGUAGUUUGGGGUGUUUUAACAAGAGUUUAAAGGAAACCUGCUAUGAGAGAAGUACAUAUGGCUGGCAGGAUCCAUGGCAUCCUCUGUUUCCAAUACUUUCCUGGACGCAAAGCAAGUAUGGCGAUCAGGAGGUGACACUUCACUGUCUGCCUUCUCAUUCCAAGGC